UAUUUGGCUGUCGUGUUAUUAUAUGAUAUGGUAUGAUAUGAUUUUAUAAUUUUGAGCAUACAAAAUUUUGGCAGCAUAAAAACUUCUAAAUUGAGAUAUUACAGUUCAGUGGUUAGCAUCAGUUUGACGAGUUUAAAAGAAUCAUGAGCAACACUUUAAUAAGUGAAAAAAAGCUGAAGGAAUAUUAUGAUGUCGCCUUGGAUUUGGUGCAGAAAUGUGGACCGAUACUGAUGAAAGGUUUUACGGAGGCCAAAACGGACUACAAGAUCAAAGAUGAGUUUUGGAAUUUCCUCACUGUGUAUGAUAAACAGAUUGAGGAUACUUUAAUGGAAGGAUUGCUGGCUGCGUUUCCUGAAUCUUUAUUCAUCGGAGAGGAGGAGUUGACAGCAGCGAACCGUCAGGCUGAAUUAACCGAUGCGCCCACUUGGAUAAUAGAUCCCAUCGAUGGCACCACAAACUUCAUUCAUCGCAUUCCCCAUUGCUGCAUUUCUGUGGGAUUGGCCAUUAAUAAAGAGCUGGUCGUAGGCAUUAUCUACAAUCCCCCAGCCAAUGAAUUGUUCUCAGCAUGGAAGGGUCAUGGAGCCUACCUAAAUGGCCAACGCAUAAGCUCCUCGAAAAUUACAAAGAUCAACCAAGCUGUGGUUGCCCAUGAAAUCUCAUUGAUAAACUCUGCAUCUACAAGAGACAAAAACGUAAAACGCAUUUACAAGUUGGGCUCAAAUGCCGCUGGCACUCGGAGCUUUGGCUGCGCCGCUCUCUCUUUAUGCUAUGUGGCGACGGGUCAAUGUGAUGUCUAUCACAUUGAUGAUCUGCAGCCAUGGGACAUUGCAGCUGGCGCUAUGAUUGUAGCCGAGGCUGGAGGUUGCAUCUAUCAUACCAAAGGUGGUAAAUUCAAUGUGAUGAAGCCUGAUUUGGUUUGUGCCGCCACAGAGGAGCUGGUUCAAAAAGUUAUUAGCCUAAUUGAGGAGGCAAAUCAAAUGACGGGAUCGACAUUCGAAUAAUGAAAAAAAAUUAUAAAAAAUAAUUUUUUGUAUUAAAU